AUGAUAUUACCUUUUUUCAGAUCUUUCUCACCAGAUUAUUGCGUUAAAAGUUUAAACUCAAUUUGUGCCAGUUAAGGGGCUUUGAGCUGAAUGAUAUGGAUCGUUCCCAGGAAAAUCAAAACCCAGGGAAGAUGAACGAUAACCACAGAUCUGAUGCCCCUGAAAGUUGUACUCAAGUUCAACAAGACCCUUCUCUAAACAGUCCUACUGAGAAUGUACUUUCACUCUUUGUCAAGGUUGAUGGAUUUAUUCCAUUUGUUAAAGAUGUGGAGACUAUAUAUUUUACUCCAGUUACUGUCCAAGCUAGUUUAGACAUAAUUAUGAACGAACUGUCAGCACUGGGUCCUCAUCUCAAACCUGCUAGGGAGCUUAACAUGGAGAACUUGUUUGCUGCAGUUUACAGCCCGGACGGAGAAUAUUACAGAUGUAAGAUACUCCAGGAGAACCAGGAAAAGGUUCAAGUUCUUUUUGUAGACUAUGGAAACCAGGAGGAGAAGAGUAAGGAUGACCUGUUUGAACUCCCAGUGGAACUGAAGAACCUGCCGCCUUGUGCGUAUUGUAUUAAAAUCCACGAAACGGAAAAUUUUGAGAAAACUGAAGAAAACAUUAGUUUGCUGGAAGCCAUGUUGCUGGACAAACCUGUUCAGGUUUCAGUGGAAGUCGUAAACUCCAAGAUGGUUGGAAAAAUAUACGUCGACAAUAAAAAGCUAGAUUUAAAGCUACUGAGUAAAAUUAGCACAGACAGGCCCCAGGCUUUAUAUGAUUCGGUAACUCCUAGUCCUACUUCAGAGUCCAGAGUUGUCAAGACUAACAAUAACCAGGAGAAGAUUAAAGACCUAAAUCUAGGACCUGGAGUAGUUGCAUGCAACCCAGGAGAGAAAAUACCUGGUCUUGUUGUAUGGAUUGAAAACAAGAAUGAGGUUUGGUUCACACCAACAUCUGAGAUGAUCAGACUGGAAGAUAUGAUGGACAGGAUGGAGAAGGAAUACUCUCAGUAUCCAAUGUUUGAGAAUCCUUGUGUUGGAGAGAUUUAUGGAACUUUAUAUUCUCAAGACAACAUGUUUUACAGGUGCCAGUUAGAGCCUGGAUACUUGGCUCGUUUUAUCGACUAUGGAAAUACAGAGAAGAAGAAGAAAUACGAAUUCUAUGACCUACCGGCAGAUCUGAGAAAUUCUCCUCCAGCUGCGCUGAAAAUCAAGCUCAAGAAUACAGAUAGAACGGUUAAAGAUCUGGAAAACGCUUUGUUUUACGUGAAGGUUGACUUAAUGAUUGACAGUGAAGGAGUUGGAACCUUCUACAAAGACGGGGUAGAGUUGUUCAAGAGUGAGAGUGCGGCCAAGGAAGCAAAAAUGGUAGAUAAUGAUAACCCUGAGGUGUUGCUCCCCCUGGGGGUUCGUAUCCCUGUGUGUGUUGGGCACCUGGAGAGUUUGUCCAGGAUCUGGGUAUCAGUCAAGGACUUCCCUGGACUACAGAACGAAGAGAAUCUGGUCCUGGUGGUUGGGGAUCUAUUAGAUCAGGAUAAUGGGAAUAUGGUUCGGAUUAAGCCGGUUCUGCACAUGGUCUGCAAAGCUAGGUUCAGCAGGGAUGGAGAGAUGUACCGCGCUCAGAUAGUAUCACUACAUAAGGACGGAGCUACUGCUGAUGUGAUCUUCAUCGACUUUGGAAACCGAGAUACAUGCUCCGAGUUCUACAAGAUAGAUGGAGACCUGCUCUCUCUACCUGCUGGAGCUCGUCCCGUCAAGCUUCUUGUUAACUCAGGGGUAGAGGAAACAAAGGAGAACUUGGUAAAGUUGGAGGAGAAACUUAUUGAGUCGGAUAUUGAGGUGAUUCUUGCGAGGGAAGGACCUGACUAUCUCGCCAGGCUGUUUGUGAACGGUAAUGAAGCUGAUCUUGGAUUCCUGAACCAGGAUUUGAUCAGCACUGAUUCCACUGCAGAUACAGCAACCAUCAAUAUCUCUAAUAUCUCCUGUAGAGAGAGUAGGUUUGUCCUAGGUGUAGAGAUCCCCGUCAUUGUGAACCUGGUGGACUCUGUGGAGAGGGUCUGGGUGUCUAGUGUGGAAAGUCAGGCUGAGCUCGUCAUCCUGAUGGCGGACCUAGAUCAGAAGUUUGAAAAAGGAGAAUUGGGUUCUCUUGAAAACCCUAUGGUUGAAGCUCUGUGUGUUGCAAGUUUUAGCGAAGAUAACAGUUUGUACCGGGCUAAAAUUCUGAGUGUAGAAGAUUCCAAGUUUGAAAUCCGAUACAUUGAUUACGGAAACUGUGAGACGAAACUGAAAGAAGAAUUGCUCGAGCUACCGGUCAGCUUAUCUAGCGCACCUGCCUUCUCCUGGCAGGUCAACCUACCCAUCAUGGCCGGGGUCGAGAACAGCAAGGAUAACCAGGUCAGGUUGGAUGAAUUGCUGACGAGUGAGGGGAUCAAGCUCAAGAUGAUCUCGGAGGAGUCUGGAGAGAUAACAAUUUUCGGAAACCAGAUUGAUCCCGCUCUGUUUCCUUCCAGCAAGAAGAAUAUCCCUGAGCAAGUAAUGGAGCAGAGUUCCGGGGAACUUGAUGUUCUAAUGCCCUUUGUAGAGACUGUAAAAAGUAUCUGGGUAGUACCUGUAGAUAUUCAGGGUCACCUCAACCAACUAAUGGAUAACAUUGCAGCUGUGGAUGGAACAUUAAAACCUCUGGAGAACUGUACAGUUGGAUCAGUUGCUAUCUCAAGGUACACAGAUGGAGGAUUGUACCGAUGCAGGGUGACUGAGGAGAAGGAUGGGAGGAUAAACAUCCUCUAUGUUGAUUACGGGAAUACAGAGUGGAAGGAUAAGAAGGAUUUAAUGGAUAUCCCCGAAGAAUUUUGCAAGCUCCCUGCAGCAUCUUUAAAUCUAAACAUCAAAAAACUUGGGUUGGAGAAUACAGAGAACAAUAUUCUUCUGCUCAGUGCUGUAUUAGAGAAGCAGGAUGUGAUCAACAUCAAGUACAGGGUUGUCGAUGGAGUUAUCCAGGCUAAGCUCAAACCUGAGUUGACCCAGCGCCUGGUCUCUCAACCACCUGUAGACUUAAACCUGACUACCCCUGAGAAGGAGAAACCUAGUUUGAUAACUAGUCUUACAGAGUCUGAGCGUGGAUUUGAGCAGAUUAGAGAUGAAACUAUUCUGUGCAAUUCAAGAAUUCUUUCAACAGAUUCAGAACCGGAGAGGGUGUUUCUGGAUAUCAGCCAGAAAGGUCAAGUUGCUAUAAACAUGAACAACUCGGGAAUUGGAAAGGUUUUAUCUCCGGAAAACCCUCAGUCGAAAAACAAAACUGAGCCGGUUCCGAAAGCUAUGGUAUCAUCCGAAGUUUUUCCGGAACCUCUAGAAGCUACUCUAACAGCUACUCCAAUAGCUACCAAUAUAGCUUCUCCUAUAGCUACCAAUAUAGCUACUCCUAUAGCUACUCCAAUAGCUACAUGUAUGUUUACUCCUGAAGCUACUCCUAAAGUUACUCCUUUAUGUACUCCAAUAGCUACUCCAAUGGCUACUCCAAUGAAUGAGAAGAAUGUGAACUGGAAGUGCGGGGAUAGAGCUGUUGGAUUCUGGAGCUCAGAAUGUUUGUGGAGAGAAGCUGUAGUUAUUCAAGUUUUCCAGGACUCAGCCCUGAUUGCGAACACGGAUCCAAGUGUAGAGAACAUCAAAGUUCCAUUUAAACUGCUGAAGAGUCCCGAGAUGUCGGUCCAAGCGUUAAACUUGCUAGAGGAUCAGAUAAAAGAGCUCCGUAAAAGUGGUUCAGAAAAGAGUAUUGAUCUAACUCCUCUGCCGAGAAAGAGAGUUCUGAGCACUGAUGUUCCCGAGUUUGUACCUAGGGCACUACCCUCAGUAUCUCCAGCAGUAUCCGGAGUACCUGUACAGCUGGAGGGUAGGCAGAGUGGAAAUCCUGUAUUUUGGGGAGUACCUGGAGAACCUGGAGCUCAUCCCAGCCCGUUUACUCAUCCUCUCGCCCCUGAGGAGCCCUCGACCCCGUCAUUUAACCAGGAUAACUUCUAUAUCAGCCCAACAUCUCAGGUUAUGCAUGAAAAUCUGAUUAGCAGUGAUCUGAGCUCUGCGAUGAAAACUCUAUCAGGUUCUACCAUGCUCCAGGUUCACAUCAAGGAGAACCCGAAUUCACCGAAGAUCAAGGAAAUAUUUGAUCUUGUUCUCUCCAGUGCGAUAUUCUAUAUUAACCAUCCUCGGUCCACCUACCUGGUUCAGACCCUGGUCAAAUACCUAUCCGUCCAGGACUUGUUCAAACUGGUUCGUAUUUUGGUCCCCAACUUCACGGUGAUAGCCAAGAACAAGUGCGGGACUAGAGUUCUACAAGUUCUUCUCUCUCUUCCCCAUCAGGAUGUUGUUAAGGAGUUAAUUAAGGGACUGGAGACAGUGAAGAACAUUCCAAGUUUUCUCUCCGACUGUAACAGCACUCAUGUUGCUCAGGCCUGUCUGAACACUACGUGUAUAGAGAAGAAUACAAUAUCCUACCUGGUGGCCAGUAUCCUCCCCUCCCUAGUGGAGCUUGGGAACGGGGAGAACAGCACCUUCUUCAUGCAACAGCUCAUUCCCUUCAUGAUGAAAAAGGGGUUCAAAGAUGCUAACCUUCUGAUCAAAUGUGUGAUCAAUAAUAUCUUUCUCCUCGGAUUCAACAAGAACGGAUCAAGAGUGGUUCAGUUGGUAGUUGAGCUGGACCCAGACACUGUACUAGAGAAGGCAUUUGCCUGGUUCUCAGACAAUAUUAGUGCCAUCUACCCAAGAACAGAAGCAGUUUAUACUGGCUUAGUUAUUCUAGAACAGGCAUUCCUUGCUGUUGAGAAUUCGUCUGCGAAGAGAGGAAUAAUGGGAAGCCUUCUGAUAAAUUUCAUCCGUAGCUUUAUAUCCCCAGACAGCUGCAUUAGACUUGGAUCUGCGGGAGAAGGACCAUCUGUUGGCAUCAUUGGAGACGGGGAUUCUAGGCCCCUGUUUAUCCAGGCAGCUCUGAAUCCUGCCGGAUGCAAGAUAUGUCUUCUCAUCUGUAAGAAGAUCAGAGGACCGAUUAAGGCAGAACUGCAGGCUGUUUCCUCGACCUAUUACUCCCUUCUCGGAAACAAUGUCUGGGGAGAAUCCAUCAUCAAGGCUCUCAAAUAGAAGCUCGAAUUCAAAGGAGAAUAAAACAAGAGAAGUUUUGAAAGAGUUGAACCAUAAUGUAAGGGCUCUGAUUUAGAGCUCGAAACCGGAAAAUAUUAUAUGUAUGUUAUUGUUCCAUGUAUGUGUAAUUAUAAUAUUUUCAUAUUUUUUUUAUCAUUACCAGUUGGAAUGUUAAUCAAUGUGAUUUUUUUGUAAAUAUACUAUUUACUGUG